UGCUGUAAUAUGGGGGGAUCUUGCUGUCAUGCCACCGUAUUGGACGUUGAGCAUUGCAAGCACGAGCUAGAACAGACCCCAGGAACUACUGCUGCAACAAACAACAUUAUGGAGAGCCUCCGUCAAUGGGAUCAACAAAGCAUCAGCGGUAUCGUGGAGGAGCUACCUACUGGACCGAGCAUUAAUAUAAGAGUGGACUCGCUGGAUGGCCUCCGAAAUGCCGUUGCAUUCUUUCAGACAGACCAGAGUUCACCCGUGUUUCUGGAAGUGGAUUUGGCGCUUCUAUUAGUAGUAGUGUUUGAGAAUGAUGACAUUAUUCUAGCACUGAUUGACGCACUCCAAACGUACGAGCCCUGGAUUUGGGCCGUGCGCGUCAUUAUUAGGGAGGAGCCACAACGACGACGAGGAGAUUUCGGUCCGCUACUAGUCGAGUCAUUAUUCGGUGCCAUUGGACGCUUGCCCCAUUUGCAAUGUUUCUUUCGGGGCAAUGUGGAUUCUCACAAUCGAGUAUCGCCAACACUGGAGUCUGUACGGACACUCACCGAAUGCCUCAGUGGUGCCGCAAGCAUCCUCCGUGUGCUGGUUGUCGAUUGGAAUUUGACGGGCACGGCUCAGGAAUUUGUGGAAUUUUCAAAAGCCCUGGAACGGUGUCAGCAGCUUCGCACGGUCAAGUUGCGCUGUGGAUGGAUCGUUUUAGAUUUGACUUGCAAAGAAUACCAUCGUGGAUGCUUGGAAUCUCUCUUGGUGGCUCUCGCAAAACUCCCCCGUCUACAGCAGUUUCAACUGGCCAACCCGUGGCCCAUUGACGACACUGGGACCGCGUUGGUCCAACUCUGCUGUCGACCAUCAUUGCAAACACUCUCCUUGGGCGUACAGGUAGAACCCAUUAUGCAGAUCUUGGCCCAAGCCAUGAGGGAAGGCACCAGUCAAUUGAAACAGCUCACGUUUGUCUCCAAGUGGAAAGGAGACGACGAAGACAAUCUGCUGAGCGAUAUUGUGCGCUACGGACGGUCAUUGGAAAAGCUGCACAUGUUUUUGAAUCCCCAGAACAAGCGUCACUUAUCCUUGAAUCAGUUCCUUCAAGCUCUAGGGGGCCACACAACGUUGGCAUCGUGUGCCAUCAUGCUGAAUCCAAAUAUCGUCAAAAGGGGGAUGCGUCUCAGUCUAUUGUGUCCCUCCACUGUGGAUUCCAUCUUGACCAUGCUGGAACAAAAUACAACACUGACAGAAUUCAAAAUAGAGGGUGACAAUAAUGCUUUCAGUCCACGCCAACAAGCCAAGAUGGAUCUCUACAUCAAACUGAAUCAGCUGGGGAGGGGCGCUCUACUCAGUGGAUCAUCCAGUAAUAAUAAUGAGACAACUCGAGCUACUUGGGUUGACACUUUGAUUGCCAACAAGAACGAUUUGGAUGUACUGUUCUACUUUGUAUUGGUCAAUCCGACAUUGUGUGAGAAUGAAUGAAUCAAACUCGUGGUGAGGGAAACAAAAAGUCCAAGUAGUAGAGGAAGUUUCAACUCAUAUGGCGUAUGACAAGACAAAGCAACCAUGGUGUUACCCUCCGCACAGACGUAGCUAGUAGUAAAUGACUACCACAACCACACAGAUUACCAAAAUCGUCUGUCCGGG